AUGGUUGUUCGGGACCCGCGUUUUGAGUCGCUCUGUGGGGAGUACGACGAGGGCAGGUGGGCAGUGGGGGAGGAAUGGGAGGGACAGGGGGGAGGCGGGGAUGGGGGGGGGACGGGUGGAGGUCCGCGAUUUGAGUCGCUCUGUGAGGAGUACGACGAGGGCAGGUGGGCACUGGGGAAAGAAGGGGAGGAGGGGGCAGGGAGGGGUGGAGGGAGGGAACGGGGGGGAAAGAGGGACCCACUAUUAAGGAAGUGA